AUGCUUCUGCUUCCUGCCCGACAAGAAUCGCAGGUUGGACCCCAGCAGACUCUUUUUUCGGCAGCGCAGGCGAGUGGCAACGCAGCGGUGACAGAGCUUGUGGAAGAGGCUGCUACGGAUCUUCUCUUCAAAGAGAUAUCCAAACUGCCUCUGCCAGACGAAGACAUCGAGGUUGGCAUCGUGCAGCAGUGCCUGCUUGCAGGAGCCAAUCCCACUCGUCCGGGUGGAGAAGCCGGCUAUGUUCCCCUUCAGCAUCUUUGCGUUCAAAUCAUGCCGUUCGCAAAUCCGAAGGUGACUAAUCGGAUAGAGCAGGCUGCUUCCCAGUUGACAGAGGCUGCCCCAGUUGUCCUCAUGAUGGCUUUUACAACGCCUUCGCAGCGGGCGACGGAGAGGGUUGGAAAAACAACUCCUUCGCAAGAAAGUGCUCUGCCACUUGAAGCAGCGGCAAGCAACAAAAGUCUUGGCCGAGUGAUCGUGCCGGUCCUCAGCUUUGCUAUGGCUCGGCUGUUGCUGCAGCGUCCGGCCCUGGCCGCAGCGCCGCUGUUAAGAAGGGCGGUGGAGCGUGCUCAUGAGCAGUUCCCAGACGUUUCCUUUGUUGCCCGAUUAGUCGAAAUCGUUCGUGCUACCGCACCGUGCUUGGAUGGUGCAAGCCAGAAAGGGAAGCACCCAAUCUGGGAGCCCCACUGUGCAUACGAGAGCUGGAGAUUCCGCGAGCGUAGGCUGAAAGUUCUCCGCCCACUGCUUGAACAAUGUGACCUCGCCCAGGCCGACUGUGAGCGAGAGGAAGCGGUUGCCAGACUGACCGAACUGGAAGCUGUGCUAGAAAGAAGACGGCGACAGCAUGCCAAAGAGAUUGCCCAGCUACAGGUGGCACUGCAAAAGGCUCAGCGUGCCGCUGAGGAGGCCAGUGCCCAAGCGCAAGCAGCGCAAGUUGCACUUCAAACCCAGCGCUUCUCCCGCGAAGUCCGUGCGGAGAUGCAAGCUAGCACUGAUGGCAAGACCGACGCCAGAGUUGGACAAAGCUUGCCCAAGUCUGCAUCAUCAUCAGGAUCGCCUGCGGAGCUGUUACGAAACAUUCGACAGCAACGCGGCUUGGACAUUGACUACACUUCUGUUCCCGCAGAGGUGCUGCAGAGCGCAAGCGCCAUGCAGCGCAGCAUCGGCGCAGCUGUUGAGCGGCUGGCAAUCGAUCUCUAUGCUUCCAAGGGACAUUUCCUGUUGGAGCUCAUCCAGAAUGCCGACGACAACCGUUACGAUGAGCAAGGUGCUGAACCGUCCAUGACGUUACACUUGGGUUCUGCCGAGGAAGUUGCUGCUUUUGCUUGCUUGGAUAUCGUCACGCGUGCAGCUAGUACUCACAGCGAUGGGCCAGAGGGUUGCACUGGCAUUAUUUGUUCUAACUGGAGCAAAAUAAUCAUGGAUGUGCUGAACUUUGAACCGAUGUCAGUCAAUGCACCUGCCUGUGCAUUUGUGUCUGGAGCUUGGCUUGCCUCCUGCGGUGCUCACAGCGUGUAG